AUGCACCAUUGCUCUACACCACCUACACUCGCCCAACAACACCACCCCUGCAAGAAACAGUUCCAGCCUAGCAUCACAACCUAUUUUGAGGUGCGGGACGGCUUGCACAACGGAGACCACCUGCCGGGCCUAGAGCCAAUUACCCGUCUGCGACACCAAAACACACGGCCAAUUGCCCACCCCCGAGACCACCUUGCCUCCCACGGCCCUCCCCACGUCCAAGCAGACUUGCUGAGCGUGGGCAUGCGAGUACGCAAGAGCGUGCCCGAAGGCUACAAGACGCAUAAGAUGCUCUCCUCACCCUCGGACCGCUUCGCUAGGCCGAGGCCUCGCCCGGACAUCAAGCCCCCGCCAGAGGCCGUGCCCGACCACUACCAGCACCAGCGCGAGCUGCUGCCCUUUUGUGGCCUACACAACAUUGGCGGCUUCGCUGAACAACCCACCACAAACCCUCACCUCUACACGACUUCUCCAAACCGCCAGAGACCCACCAUUGCUUUUCCACUCACCGCCGACGCCUUCACCCAACCCUUCCCAGACCAAUCUGCCGCAGACAGCGGCUACGACUCCACCACAUCGCCCUCCUCGCAACGUCUGCACAACCCCUCAAAACGCUCCUGGCACGACGAAGACGAGCUAAGGCCACUCAACACAAACUUCCUCUUCAAUGGCCGCUCCUCGACAUCAAGAGGCGCCAACUUGGCCGUUGAGUUCGACGACGUCCCUGUCAGCCCAUUGAGUGAAACACCCACCCAAGGUAUAAAUUCACUACCCCCCGUACGACAGUUUGCGCAGCCCAGAUCCAGACGUACCACAAGGCGGACCAUUAGCGACGACGACAUUGACAUGGACUUUGAAAACGCCGCCCGGAUCGAGGGUCGCGUGGGCGCAGGCAGUAAUAGUGACUUCGAAGAAGCUGACUUUCUGGCCGACGAAGAGGUUCAUAUGAGUGGUGUUUGA